GGUUCGACGGGAGUGGGAUUUUUGCUCCUGCUUUUUAGCCAAGGAGUGGAGCUACUCUCUCCUCUACACGACUUCCAUCACACAAGAGAGAACACUUCAGCCAUCAUGUCUAUCAAGACAGAUAUUUAUUCAGAAACCUGUCCCAGCCCAACGGGACUGCCAGGGACAGAGGGACAAGACACACCAGAAGAGGACAGUAGUCUCUAUUUUACCUACAGUGGAGGUAGCAAUGAGAUUGAAGUCAGAAAUCUGCACUAUGAGAUUGACACAGGAGCCCAGAUUCCCUGGUAUGAGAAACUUUCAGAGUUCAAACUGCCCUGGGAGAAGCAUGGCAGUAAACAGAUGGCCAUUAAAGACCUCAGUCUCCGUGUACACAGCGGCCAAAUGCUGGCAGUUAUUGGCAGUUCAGGUUGUGGAAAAUCCUCCAUACUGGACAUUAUCACACGGCGAGAUGAAGGAGGAAAACUGAAAUCUGGACAGAUUCUGAUCAAUGGAAAACCCAGCACACCCUCCCUGGUGAAGAAGAGCAUCGCUCACGUUCGGCAAGACGAUCGGUUACUGCCCCAUCUCACUGUUCGGGAAACGCUGGCUUUCGUGUCUAAACUGCGGCUGCCCACACACUUCUCCGAGGAACAGCGAGAUCAAAGAGUCGAUGACGUCAUAGCGGAGCUCCGUCUAAGACAGUGUGCCCACACUCGGGUGGGGAAUGAGUACAUACGAGGUGUGUCAGGAGGUGAGAGGAGACGACUGAGCAUUGCCGUCCAGCUGCUCUGGAACCCUGGAAUUCUUAUUCUGGAUGAACCUACAUCAGGUCUGGACAGCUUCACGGCCCAUAACCUGGUCAUUACAUUGUCCCGUCUGGCCCGAGGGAACCGGCUGGUACUGCUCUCAGUCCACCAGCCCCGGUCUGAUAUCUUCCAGCUCUUCGAUCUAGUGGUUCUACUCUCAUCUGGAUCAGCGGUGUACUUUGGUCAAGCCCAGGAUAUGGUGCCAUACUUCACGUCUCUGGGUUAUCCCUGUCCAAGAUACUGCAACCCCUCUGACUUCUAUGUGGACCUGAUAAGUAUCGAUCGCCGUAGCCCUGAGAAAGAGGCAAAGUGUUUGGAGAUGACCACGAGGUUAGCAGAGGAGUUUAAGGCCAGAGUGAUGGGGAAAAAGGAUUUCAUGUGGACUUCAGAGGACACUCAAGUUCCAGCUCUGGAGAAUGCCCCAAGCAGCAUUCCUUCAAAACGCAAUGAAGAAGUAAUAACUAUAUCAAAGAAUGCAGUGGAGAGCCUCCCUGGCAGACUGCAACAGUUUGCAGUCUUGUUCAGGCGACAGGUGUUUAAUGAUUUUCGAGACCUGGUGACCCUGGUGGUGCAUGGUCUAGAGGCGCUGCUGAUGUCGCUGCUGAUUGGUUUCCUGUACUUUGGGGCGGGAGAGACCCGUCUGUCCAUUCAAGACACAGUGGCCUUGCUGUACAUGAUCGGAGCUUUGACACCUUUUGCUGUGGUGCUGGACGUCAUAGCAAAAUGUCACACAGAAAGAGCCAUGCUGUACUAUGAACUAGAGGACGGGAUGUAUUCAGUCACCUCAUACUUCUUUGCUAAGGUGCUUGGUGAGCUGCCGGAGCACUGUGUUUUCACGUUGGUUUAUGGCGUGCCCAUCUACUGGCUGGCUGGACUGAACGAUGAACCCGACCGAUUCAUCUUGAACUUGCUGCUCGUGUGGCUGAUGGUGUACUGUAGUCGCUCCAUGGCCCUGUUUGUCGCUGCAGCACUGCCAACAUUACAGACAGCUUCUUUCAUGGGCAAUGCGUUCUUCACGGUCUUCUACUUAACUGGAGGCUUCGUCAUUAGUUUGCAAAACAUGUGGCUGGUGGCAUCUUGGUUGUCGAAAAUUUCCUUCAUGCGCUAUGGCUUCGAGGGGAUGCUGCAGGUUCAGUUCCGUGGCCUCGACUACACAGUCAACUUUGGCAACCUAACAAUUAAUGUGGACGGCAUAAUAGUCCCCGAGGCGAUGCACUUGAACGACAAUCCUCUGUACCUCUGCUAUCUAAUUCUGGUCGCUGUCGCCCUUGUCUUUAUGGUCUUUUACUAUCUGGCACUCAGAUUCAUCAAACAGAAGCCUAGUCAAGACUGGUGAAGAAGGAGUACCUUUCAAAGAAGUCAAUGCUUAAUGACCAGUUUUUCUCUAUGGUGAAACCAUUCCCUUGCCCUACCACAGUCUGCCGCUGGGUGGCAGCAAAGUACUACAUUCCCUGACACAAAUUAAAAGGGGGAGGCGGGGGGGAUCUGUAUCCGUUCUUUUCGGCAAACGAUUUGCGUAAACGAUUCGCGUAAGUCUGGCAGAUAUCCAUCAUCAGCUUUUGCGUGUUCCAUUUUCUUUCUUUCUUUUUUUGUACAGCUUAAUCUUUUUGUAUAUGUAAGAUUAUGAAGCUUAACAAUGUGUGUGCCAGAAGAAGGUACACUGAAAAACCUCUGAGAGGUUUAGUAAGUCACACUAAGAAAGUGUUUGUGUUGUAAAUGGUAGAUAAUAUAGGUUUUGCGCUGGUGCAAAAUCCUGAUAAAUGUGCUUUAAACAUGUUUGCGAUAUGGAACAAAAUUCAAGUAAUUAUAAUAUUUAUAUUUCACAAGGGAGCCAUAUCAGUUGAAAUCCAUAUGUUAUCCAUUCUACAGCUAUUUGUUUGUAUGUUGUUGUUUUUGCUUUUUUUUUUAAACUUAUGUACUAAAUACCAUUAUGCAACAGAUGAAUCCUUCAUGACCGAACUUAGUGUUCUAUUCAAGCUGGUCAAUGGUACGCACCAAUAGGCAAAAUACAUUAUAAAUUCUCACCUUGACCUCUUGACUCUUCAUAUGAAUAACAUGAAAGUUGUAGGCUUGUAAAACGAUAAGAUGGGUGGAACUUAAACAAAUGCAGGAAGAUAAAACUAGGUUUAUAAGAGUUUUGUACUGUAAUGACUCAGGGCAUGAAGCCCAUACCCACAUAGUUUUAACCAAGUGAAGUUUAUUGUCUAGAGACAAUUAUUGCUAUCCAGGCCAUCAUAUGUUUAUAUGGCCUACUUGUGUUAUCUUAUGUACUGUAAAAAAAAAUCAAACAAAAACAACAACAAAAAAAGGUUUGUUUCUCAUCGUAAAGUUAGUUCAUGAUUUUUAUUCAAGGAUAUUUUCUGUUCAGCAUGUUUAAGUUAAUGACUUCUCUUUUUCUCUUCUCUGUGUAGUCAGUUCAUACCAUAUUAUUUUUAUGUAUAUAUAUAAUGAGCAGUGUGAAGUCAUUGUCCAUUGGCAAUGGCAGCUGUAACACUGGAUAUGGGACUCAUUACAGGAGUUUCUACUUGUUAGUAAUGGCAAAGAAGGUCUGAAUACUUGUGUGUCAUAGAAAAAUUAAUGGUAUGGAAGUUUUCUUUUUAUGUACAUAUUGUCUGUGUACACAGAAACUCAAAACAAUAUUAAAGUUCCAGACAUUUAUUAGCAUA